UUUUCCUUGAGAUUGAAUAUUGAUGUAAGUCAAGAUUCUUUUCUUACACAAUUUAAAUCUCUAUCUGGGUUCUCUUGUUGCAACAUAUUUUUUAGCAUCUUUCUAAGGCUUGAGUUGAUUUUGUCAUAUGGAUUUCUUUACUCGACAGAUUUAAGAUUGUGUACUCCAAUGACCAGCUUAUACAUGCCAUAAUGGAACUAUGAAUGCUGUUUCUUUGCAACUAUUUCUAAGCUUCUAGUACCAUAGCUCAAGAGUUCAAUCGAGCUCUUAGUUGCCCUAGUUUUCAGUUGCACAACAGACAAUGGAAGAGAGUUAUUUACCAUUUCGUGGAAUCAAGAAUGACCUUCGAGGGAGACUGAAGUGCUACAAGCAAGAUUGGACAGGUGGUCUUAGGGCAGGUUUCAGGAUUUUGGCCCCCACCACGUAUAUAUUUUUUGCAUCAGCAAUUCCAGUUAUUUCAUUUGGAGAACAGUUGGAAAGAGACACAGGUAAAAAUAUACAAAUUAAUUGGCAUGUAUUGUUAUGUGUUUCUUUUGUUUUUGAUUGUUCCUUUGUUUUGACAGAUGGGGUUCUCACUGCAGUUCAAACAUUGGCCUCCACUGCACUGUGUGGAAUAAUACACUCUAUCAUAGGCGGUCAGCCUUUGCUGAUCCUUGGAGUUGCAGAGCCAACCGUAAUUAUGUACACUUUUUUGUUCAAUUUUGCCAAGAAUAGGCCAGAUUUGGGAUCAGAACUCUUUCUUGCAUGGACUGGAUGGGUAUGUGUGUGGACUGCAAUCUUGCUGUUCCUGCUGGCUAUCUUAGGAGCUUGCUCCAUUAUCAACAGAUUUACUCGUCUAGCUGGCGAGUUGUUUGCCCUUCUUAUUGCAAUGCUCUUCAUGCAGCAAGCUAUGAAGGGACUUGUUGAUGAGUUUCGCAUACCUGAAAGAGUAAAUCCGAAGUUGCUUGAGUUUCAACCUUCAUGGAGAUUUGCAAAUGGGAUGUUCGCUUUGGUUUUGUCAUUUGCCCUUCUGCUUACCGCAUUAAGAAGCCGAAAAGCACGAUCUUGGCGAUAUGGAUCUGGAUCAUUGCGAGGCUUCAUAGCAGACUAUGGCGUACCAUUGAUGGUUCUGGUCUGGACAGCUGUUUCUUAUAUACCAGCAGGAACUAUUCCAAAAGGAAUUCCAAGGCGCCUCUUCAGUCCUAAUCCAUGGUCCCCAGGUGCAUAUGAAAACUGGACUGUCGUCAAGGACAUGCUAAAGGUUCCAGUGCUCUAUAUAAUUGGAGCUUUCAUUCCAGCAACAAUGAUCGCAGUCCUGUAUUAUUUUGACCACAGUGUAGCUUCGCAACUCGCUCAGCAGAAGGAAUUCAAUUUGAGGAAACCACCUUCUUUUCAUUAUGAUUUACUUCUUCUGGGAUUCUUGACAAUAGUAUGUGGUCUUAUUGGCAUCCCUCCAGCAAAUGGUGUCAUUCCACAAUCUCCAAUGCAUACUAAAAGCUUAGCUACAUUGAAGCACCAGUUGCUUCGAAACAGAUUAGUAGCAACAGCCCGCAAAUGUAUGCAUAAGAAUGCAAGCUUAGGACAAGUGUACGAAAGCAUGCAAGAAGCUUACCAACAAAUGCAGACUCCACUGAUUUACCAAGAAACUUCUUCUCUGGGAUUAAAAGAACUGAAAGAGUCAACCAUUCAAAUGGCUUCAAACAUGGGAAAUAUUAAUGCCCCAGUCGAUGGGACAGUAUUUGAUGUUGAUAAGGAAAUUGAUGAUCUGCUGCCUGUUGAGGUAAAAGAACAGCGGCUCAGUAACUUGCUUCAAGCUACAAUGGUUGGUGGAUGUGUUGCAGCAAUGCCUUUCAUUAAAAAGAUACCAACCUCAGUGCUUUGGGGCUACUUUGCAUUCAUGGCCAUUGAAAGCUUGGCAGGGAACCAGUUCUGGGAGAGGAUAUUGUUGCUGUUCACAGCUCCAAGUAGAAGAUACAAAGUACUGGAGGGGUACCAUGCCACUUUUGUGGAAACUGUACCUUUCAAGACAGUUGCAGCAUUUACAAUUUUCCAGACUGCUUACUUGUUUGUUUGUUUUGGGAUUACUUGGAUCCCAAUUGCUGGGGUUCUUUUCCCAUUAAUGAUCAUGCUUUUGGUUCCUGUGAGACAAUACAUUUUGCCCAAGUUUUUCAAAGGGGCACACCUUCAAGAUUUGGAUGCCGCAGAGUAUGAAGAGUCACCAGCUGUACCAUUCAACCUAGUAACUGAAGGAGAACUGGUUAGGAACACUUCAUUUGCUGACGAUGGAGAGAUUUUAGAUGGAAUGAUUACACGAAGCAGGGGUGAGAUCAGACGCAUGUGUAGCCCAAAGGAAAUAACAAGCUCCACUGCAACACCAUCCAGAGAAUUCAAGAGCCUUCAGAGCCCACGAAUAUCAAACAAGGCGUACAGCCCCAGAGUUAACGAACUGAGAGGGGAGCAAAGUCCUGGGCAUGUUGGAAGAGGGACAUUCAGUCCAAGAACUAAUGAAGCAACGCCACCGAAUUUAGGAAAAAGUGGUUUGGAUUAGGAAUAUAACAUUAAUUGGCAAGUAACGCACCAAGCUGCCAAAAGAAAAAUAUAGGCAGAGA